UCUAUGAUUGCUCUCACUGCGAAUUGAGUCUAGGGCCUUUGCGACAAUCCCGUUCUUUCUCGGCCCCUUGUCUACUUCAACUUGCGCCUGCACCCGCGAUUGCGCCCCAGUACUUUUGCCCCAUCAUGGCUCCCUCCAUAACUUACAAUCGAACUGUCACGACCGCCUGGCGAUCCCUCGCACAAGGUCCGUUGCCAGGCUGUCGCAUACUCGGGCCGCUUCAUUUUAACACAAUCUCAGCUUCAUUGCGGUCUUCGACACGACCCAACGCCCGUCCGCUCAUGGCCGUCCCCGUGCCCCCCAAAUCGCUCCGAUAUUCGACAUCGACGAAUGCCCCCAAAUUCUCCUACCAUAUCGCCUCCUCCUUCAUCGCCAAAGACCGACCAUACGAUCCCUCAACUCAUGUAUUUCACUUCAACCCUUAUAAUCGCAUCCAACCACCGCGAAAUCGUCGCCCUUCCGCACGUCCCGAAUCCGGCCACGAUGCCUUCUUCGUCAGCCGCCUUAAUGACUCCGGUUCGGUAGCAUUCGGUCUUGCAGAUGGUGUUGGCGGUUGGGUAGACUCUGGGGUCGAUCCCGCCGACUUCUCUCACGGCUUCUGCGACUACAUGGCCAUUGCCGCUCACGAACACAAGGACGAAAACGAUCCUCCACUUACUGCAAGGAAGCUUAUGCAAAAGGGAUACGAUGCCAUCUGCCAGGACAGGAGCCUGCGCGCUGGUGGAAGUACGGCCUGUGUGGGCAUCGCGGGAGCAGACGGGAACCUCGAAGUGGCAAACCUCGGCGACUCCGGUUUCUUACAACUGCGCCUAAACGGCGUCCAUUCCUACUCAGAGCCACAAACACACGCCUUCAACACCCCGUUCCAGUUGUCUCUGGUUCCUCCCAGCGUCGCGGCCCGCAUGGCAGCAUUCGGUGGUGCUCAGUUGAGCGACUUGCCUCGAGACGCAGAUGUAACCCAGCACUCACUUCGCCACGGCGACGUUAUUGUGUUUGCGACGGACGGUGUGCUCGACAACCUCUUCAACCAAGAUAUUCUGCGAAUCGCCAGCCGAGUCUUGGUAUCGAGCGGCGCUUGGGUGAUGACGGAAAGUGGAGGUGCUCGCGUGGUUGAUUCACUGGAUCCGUUGGUCAAGUUGCCCGAGGCCUCCGCUGGCAAAAAGGCCGUGACUUUGCAGAGCAUGCUCGCCACCGAAAUUGUUACUGCGGCAAAGCGAGCCAGUGUCAAUACCAAACUUGACGGCCCCUUCGCUAAGGAGGUCCAGAAGUACUAUCCUCAAGAGAACUGGCACGGCGGCAAGGUGGACGACAUCUGCGUCAUCGUGGCUGUGGUCAAUGAAGAGUCGGGGGGGUUGAAGAGCAAGUUGUAAUUUUCAGCGCGCACGGGUUUGGGCAUAGAACAUGGCACAUAGAGGCAGGAACGCAAGCAUAUUGGGAUCAUGGGAAUGUUCGGAGUCAAUAUAGAACGGGGAAAUACGCGGUUACCGGGUCUGCGGGAAAUGUACAUAGGAUGGCGCCUCGCAUGACAUAUGAGUCGCUAAUAUGACG